GGACCUCCCCGGGACCCGCAGGGACCCCCGAGCCGGCCGGACCUCCCCGGGACCCGCGGCCGGAGGGAGCCCCGAGCCCUGCCCGGUCCCCGAGCCCGGCGGGCCCCGCGGCCGAGCGGCAGCGGCGGCAGCAGCGGCAGCAGCGGCAGCGGCGCCCGGCGCUCCGGCCAUGGGCAGCGGGCGGGCGCUGUGCGCGCUGCUGGCCGCCGCCCUGCUGGCCGCGCAGGCCUUCCCCCAGACCAACAUCAAGAUCAGCCAAGCCAUGCCCGAGCCUGUGCACGCCUACUCCUGCCCCCUCUUCUGGACGGAGUACGAGGGUCACUGCUACCGCUACUUCCCCAUCAACAAAACCUGGGCUGAAGCCGACCUCUACUGCGCCGAGUUCUCCAUCGGCAUCAGGUCAGCCAAGCUGGCCUCCAUCCACAGCUGGGAAGAAAACGUGUUUGUGUACGACCUGGUGAACAGCCGCGUGCCCGGCAUCCCCACCGACAUCUGGACAGGGCUCAAUGACCUUCGGCAGGAGGGUCACUUUGAGUGGACAGAUGGCUCCUCCUACGACUACCACUACUGGGAUGGCAGCCAGCCUGACGAUGGGAUCCACUCCAUCCCGGAGGAGGAGGACUGUGUGCAGAUCUGGUACAGACACAGCAGUGCACUGCGCUCCUGGAAUGACAAUGCCUGUGGCAGAGCCUUCCCCUUCGUCUGCAAGAUCCCCUCCCUGGCCCUGGACUGAGGCUGCUGGUGCUGCAAACACACCCCUUCAUUCUGGGUCACCUCUCCAGCAGUCAGGACAUGGCAUGGGCUGGGAGAGCUGUGGAGCUGCUCGGAUCCCCAGCCAGUCCUGGCUGCAGAAUCCCUCCUGGGAGUACAGUGGGGAUGAACCUGGCACUCAGCAGUGACAGGAGCUACAUCCAACAGCAAAGGAGCCCCCAGCCCCCAUCUGCCUUUGGAUUUCAGGUUGACUAUCACAGCCUGUUAGAGGAAACCCAGGAUUUUACCAAUACACCAAACUGUUAGCACCCAAAAAUAGCCGUGUGUAGGAAAUGCUUUUGCCCGUUGAUGUGUGAAGAGUGGAGGAAAAGUGUUACUUUCUGUUAAGUUAUGCAAAAUGCCUCUUGUCCAUGUUAUUUUUCUCUCUGCUAAAAUAAA